UUGUACGCUCGUCCUCAGUCCGUCGGCCUCUCCCCGAGCUCGCUCCCGCGUCCCCACGUCCCCCCCCCCCCCCCAUCGGCUACCGACGGGCUAACGGACCGAGCUCCGGUUCACCGCGGCUCUAACGGUACCUCUACCUCGGCGGAAUUCGGUCGGUGCCGGGCAGCGACCAUGUCCGGAACACGCGCGGCUCUCGCUGCGCUCGCGCUGAUGUGUCUGUGGAUCCGACGCGGCGGAAGCUUCAACCUGGACGCGCGCACACCGAGCGUGUUCACCGGUCCCCCCGGGAGCUACUUCGGCUUCUCCGUGGACUUCUUCAGCCCCCCCAACGGCAAGCAGUCCAAUGUUCUGGUCGGGGCUCCGCGGGCCAACACCACCCCCUCCAGCAGCGUGGAGGAGAGGGGGGCGGUGUACAGCUGUCCCUGGAAGACCCCCGACUGCCAGCAGCUGCUGUUCGACAUCACAGAUGACCGGAGGAAUACAGAAGGAGCUCAGAUGGAGUUUAAAUCCAAGCAGUGGUUUGGUGCGUCAGUUCGAUCUGAUGGAGAACACAUACUGGCCUGUGCUCCCCUCUAUCAGUGGUCGACCUUCGGCGUCUCGGAGCGAGAGCCGGUGGGAACGUGCUACCUGAAGAAAGGAAGCACGGUGGUGGAGUACUCGCCCUGCAGAUCAAAGGCCAACUCGCCUGAGGGGCAGGGCUUCUGCCAGGCCGGCUUCAGCGCCAACUUCCUCAAGAAGAGCAACAGAGUGGUGGUGGGAGGACCAGGCAGCUUCUACUGGCAGGGUCAGCUGAUCUCUGAUGACCUCACGGAGAUCUUCUCCCGGUUUGACAGAAAUUACAUCACUCCGUACGAUAACACACUCGCCACCAAGUCGGCCAUCGCUCAGUACGACGACAGUUACCUUGGAUACUCUGUGACAGUCGGAGACUUCAACGAUGACGGGAAAGAAGAUUACGUGACUGGAGUCCCUCGAGGACACAGCGCAUUGGGUUACGUGAACAUCUUCAACGGCCUCAACAUGGGCUCCAUGGUGAACUUCACAGGAACUCAGAUGGCGGCAUACUUCGGACACUCGGUGGCUGCUUCAGAUGUGAAUAAUGACGGCAUGGUGGACCUGUUGGUUGGAGCUCCUCUCUUCAUGGACAGAGGGUCAGAUGGAAAACUGAGGGAGGUGGGACAGGUGUCGGUCUACCUGAGUCGAGGGGGCUUCUCCUUCCAUCCACCUCAGCUGCUCACGGGCUCAGAGGUGUACGCCAGGUACGGCUCUGCUAUUGCGGCGCUGGGAGACCUGGACAUGGACGGAUACAACGAUGUGGCCAUCUCUGCUCCGUAUGGCGGCCCCGACCGGCACGGCGUGGUCUACAUCCACAACGGGCGGCCUCGGGGUCCUGACUCCUCCCCCUCUCAGGUCCUCCAGGGACGGUGGGCGUCCAGUCACAUGCCUGCUAGCUUCGGCUACUCCAUGACUGGGAACACCGACGUAGACCUGAACGGAUAUCCAGAUCUCAUAGUGGGAGUGUUCGGAGCAGACACAGCCGUUUUAUACAGAGCUCGCCCAGUGAUCAGUGUCAACGCCACGUUGGACAUGACGCCACAGAUCAUCAACCCGGAGGAAAAGACCUGCCUACUUCCUGGUACCUCCACUCUGGUGUCCUGCUUUACGGUGAAGUACUGUCUGAAGGCCAGUGGUCGUGGAGCUCCAGCUACUCUCAAUUUCCGUGUAGACCUCCUAUUGGACCGCCUGAAGCAGAAGGAAGCCACUAAGCGCGUUCUCUUCCUGCACAGUCGGACCUUACAGUUUGCCAAGAACAUGUCGGUGUCCAACGGGAAAAGUCCGACCUGCGAGGAGCAGGAGGUCUUCUUGAGGGACGACCGAGAGUUUCGCGAUAAGAUUACUCCCAUCUCCGUGGCGAUGGAGUACAGUCUGGACCACCAGAGGGCCGCAGACCAAACUGGACUUCAGCCCAUCCUCGACAUGUCGGCGCCGUCCAACGUCACCAAGCAGGCCCACAUCCUGUUGGACUGUGGAGAAGACAACAUCUGUAAACCUGAGCUCAGGUUGUCUGUGAAAAGCGACCGCGAGCAGAUCUUCAUCGGAGACGACAACGCGCUGACCCUGGAGGUCAGGGCAGAGAACCUGGGGGAGGGGGCCUACGAAGCCGAGCUGCACGUCUUCCCGCCGCAGCAGGCCGACUUCACCGGGGUGGUCCGCAGCCAGAGCCUCAGCAGGUUGUCUUGUGCUUACAAGAAGGAGAACCAGACCAAGGUGGUGGUGUGUGACCUGGGAAACCCCAUGAAGGGAGGAACCAAAGUGCUGGCGGAGUUGCAGUUCAGCGUGCACCAGCUGUCGGAAGAGGACACCUCUGUGAGGUUCGACUUGCAGAUGGUCAGCUCAAACCAGUUUGACAACACGAGUCCUCGAGUCUCCAGCGUCACCAAGCUGGCCGUCCUCGCCAAGGUCUCCAUCAGAGGGUCGGCGUCUCCCGGUCAGUUUCUGCUCCCGAUCACCAACUGGAAGCCUCAGGAGCGUCUUGUGUACGGGGACGACAUGGGUCCUCAGAUACAACAUGUCUACGAGCUCCUGAACAACGGGCCGAGCACCAUCAGCAAGGCGGCGCUGGAGGUGGAGUGGCCGUACCGCUACACCAACGGGUCGCUGCUCUACAUCACCACCUAUGAAACAGACGGGCCCAUCAACUGCACCGCGGACAGGGAGAUCAACCCCCUCAACCUGUCGAACCCGCUCUCCUCAGGCAAGAACGUCAGCAAGGUUCCACCUAGAGAACGAGAGACGGAGGGACGGAGCCGAAACAAGAGGGACCUCGAGUCCAGAGACACACAGAACGACCUGCACACUCUGGACUGCAGCACUGCCCAGUGUCUGCGUAUCAGGUGUCAGGUGGGCCGUCUGGAGAGGACAAAGAACGCCAUCCUGUUCAUUACUUCCCGCCUGGCCGUGGACACCUUCCUAAAGCCAGAGAACCAGAACCGGUCCUACGUGGUCCAAGCCACGGCCUCCUUCAGCGUCAUCGAGAUGCCGUACAAGAACCUGGUGUCGGAGCUCCCGUCCAACAGCACCACGGUGAGCGUGUCGGUCAUGUGGGUGGCCGACCCCCCCCAGCAGGUCCCCGGUUGGGUCGUGGCUCUGGCGGUUCUGUCCGGCCUGCUGCUGCUGGCGCUGCUCAUCUUCAUCAUGUACAAGCUGGGUUUCUUUAAGCGGGUCCGCCCCCCCCAGGAGGACUGCACUGAGAAGGAGCAGCUUCAGCCGGAGGAGAACGGGAACACGGACGCGUAGAAGACGUCAGGAGGGUAGAAAUGUCAGUGCCAAGAAAAGAGGCUCGGCCUCCGUUAAUGUCAUACAUGUAGCUUACUGCUGAGGAGUUUAUUUUUAAUGGUUUAUUUACACUGUUUUAUGAAAGAAGAGUUUGACUUUUUUGGGAAACAUUACUCCUAACACCGUUGUUAAAUAUCACAUCAAUAACAGACUUUAAAAAUCUAAAUCCUAAAUACAGCAAAGAACAAAAUGAGGGUGGCAGAGCAAAGGAUUUUGGGUAAUAAUCCCAUUUUUGUUAAGGUUUCCUAGAGGUGGCAUGAUUUAAUGUUACACUAAUACAUUUACUCCGAUAUAUUGUCUUUGCUUUGGGGGGUUUAGGGGCGCAGGUGGAGCUUUGGGAUGCUGUUUUUUGUGUUUUCUGUAUGAACCACGAAUAGAAUUACAAACUGGACUCCGGCUCAUUUCAACACGUUGUGUGUCACAAAGUUGUUGCACAGUGAAGAGCGAUGAGUUUUGGAAAGUGUCUCCAAUCACUUGAGUGUUACAAAGGUCAUUUGCUCAUAGACAUCUAUGGGACCAGAGGAGUCGCCCCCUGCUGGUCACUGCCUUGUGUCUCAUUCAAAGAAGAAGCGAUACGCUGCUAAUAGCGCAUUAGCUAACUAGCUAGCAGGUCAGUGUAGCAUUGCCUCGUCUCUCCUUCUUCUUCUCCGUUUUGUUGGGAGGACGUUGGUCCGAGCGCGUCCUCUUCACCGGCGUAGCAACAGUAACUAAGGAGGGCGGGGCUUUCCAGACCAUCCGUCAGCUCCAGUGGGACGUUUAUUCUUUCCUCUUCUUUCUUCUUUUGUUCUUAGUGAUAUUUUUCAUAACAUAUUUGUGUGUGAAUAAAUUAUAAAUUGCACAAAAACCUUCCAUAAAUUCACCCAUAUUGGGUUUGCAUCAUAAAUUAAUGAUCAUUUUAAAAUAUAUAUAUAUAUCUUAAUCCAUCUAACAAUCACAAUGAAAUAACUCCAUGGAAGCAUUUUUCAUUUGUUUGCAGAAGUUAAGAAGUAUAUAUACACAUAUACCGAUGGUGUAUAGAUGUCUAGAGAUUUAUUGAUCAAACUCAUUUUUUGUCACUUUUUUUCUUAGUCUUCUUUUUGUCGAUUUUUAACUAAAAUCUUCCAAAUUCUGGGUUUUCUCGUAUUUAUUCUUCCUUUGUACCUUUGAUGACACUGAUAGGUUGACGUAAUCUUCACGAUGCCACCGUUUAAACUUAAAAUGAUUUUCACUUAAAUCCAAUAAGUCGUUCCAGAAACAGAUAUAAUAAUAAUAAUAAUGUUAUAAUCAUAAAGAGGUGAUUUAAAUGAGGCGUGAUCUGUGUUUUUCUGUUCUUUAGGCAUUCACAAUAUAUGAAAUAUUUUAUUUUGAUGUAUGUAUUCUUUCACCUACAGAAUAAACAAUAACUUUGAUAAGGAAUGAUUUUCACUUUUGGACUGAAAUAAACUGAUUUACUGAUUCA